AUGAGGGUUGAAAUUAUGGAAAUGGAGCCAAGAACACCAUCUCCAGAUGAUACAAUUUCUGUGGCUUUGGGGAAGGAUUUGAAGGAGGGGGAAAGAGUUUUGAUGUGGGCAUUGCAUAAUUCAAGAGGGAGAAAAAUUUGCAUCUGUCAUAUUCAUCAACCUGCUCAGAGAAUACCCAUUUUGGGUUCGAAAGUUCCAAUUAGCAAGCUGGGAGAUCACCAAGUUAGAGCAUAUCAUGAAAAUGAGAAACAAGUGAUGCAUAAGAUUCUGGACAAGUAUAUUUCAACUUGUGCCCGAGCAGGGGUCAGGGCUGAGAAACUAUACUUAGUGAUGGACUCUAUUGAGAAGGGCAUUGUGCAGAUUAUAUCUGAGCAUGGUAUCAAGUGGCUUGUCAUGGGAGCUGCAGCUAAUAAAUCUUAUUCGAGGAGAAUGACAGAGCCAAAGUCUACGAAAGCGAAGUAUGUGCACUUAAAUGCACCUAGUUACUGUCACAUUUGGUUUGUAUGUAAAGGACACCUUAUAAACACAAGGAAAAGCAAAUUAGAUGGAGUUGACGUAGAGGUCGAGUCUUCAUCGCGUCAAGCAAGUCCAUGUAUUGAAACUACACAUUCUUCAUUAAGAUCCGACUCAGUUACAGGAGGACACAAAGUUCGACCACAGUUAAAUUAUACUGUUCCUGCCGAUAUGGACAGGUCUGUGAAUCAUUGUAUGGAACUUUUAGCACCAUCUGAUGUCUAUGGAGGGGUAACUCCACAGUGCAGGUUGAAUCUAGAAGGGAGCAUUGAUUGUGAUGGAAGUUCUUCAGCAGGAUCACCAUUUUCAACGUGUCUGAAUGAAAUAAUUGAAGAUUCAACUUCAAUCUCCCUGGCAAGGACAAUUAAUCCAGAGUUAGCCAUGCUUCAGCAAAAUAAUGAGCGUCAUUCAAAUUUUUCCGUUGCUUCCAGUGCCAUAGAAGGAACUAUGAAAGAUGAACUUUAUGAUAGGCUCAGGCAAUUUGUGAUGGAAGCAGAAAAGGCUCGGCAGGGAGCAUAUGAAGAAUCAAUCAAGCGUAAGAAAGCUGAAAAGGAUGUCAUUGAUGCUAUUCACAGAGCUAAAGCAUGCGAAAGCAUGCUUAUGGAGGAGUUAAGAUACCAGAGAGAAAUUGAAGAAGCCAUAGCAAGAGAUAGGGAAGAAGUCAAAAAGGUUAAAUACCAGCUAGAUGAAGUCAUGAAAGACAUCGAAGUUUCUCAGGAUCAGAAAUCCAUUCUUGAGUGUCAAAUUUCCAGUUCUACCAAGAGCAUAGAGAAGUUGGAACAGGAAAUAUUUUCUACUACUGAAUUGCUGCAAAAAUACAGGAAUGAAAGAGACGAAUUGAAGGUUGAGCAUGUUAAUGCACUCAUGGUAGCCGAGGAGCUGAGGAAAAAACAAGAUGAGGAGACGUCGAGUUCAUAUGUGUCUCAGUUCUUUUAUGAAUUCUCAUACGCAGAAAUAGAAUUUGCAACUAACAGAUUUGACGAAUCCUUAAAGAUUGGUGAAGGGUAUUAUGGAAUUAUUUAUAAGGGGCUCCUUCGGCACACUCAAGUGGCCAUAAAAAUACUUCACCCAAAUAGCUUGCAAGGUCUUUUGGAAUUUCAACGUGAGGUAAAUAUACUUAGUAAGCUGAGGCAUCCGAACCUUGUCACUUUGAUAGGCAUCUGCGAAGAAGAGUUGGCUCUUGUCUACGAGUAUCUUCCAAGUGGAAGCCUUGAAGAUCGCCUCAACUGCAAGGACAAUACGUUCCCCUUGUCAUGGCAAACUCGAAUCCGCAUUGCAGUAGAUACAUGUUCUGCACUUACCUUCUUGCAUUCUUCCCGCCCUCGGGUACUUCUACAUGGAGUUCUGCAUCCUGCUAAUAUUCUACUUGACUCCAACUUUGUGGCCAAGCUUAAAGAUUUUGGAAUAUUUUACGAUGAAUUUUCAGACAACAGGACCACUUUAAGCAGUAGCAUUGUCCCGAUAGGCCCGAUUGGUACUUUUGUGUACAUGGAUCCCGAGUUUCUUGCUACUGGAGAGUUUACUUCGAAGUCAGAUGUCUAUUCUUUUGGAAUCAUAUUGUUAAGGUUAUUAACCGGACGACCUGCAUGUGGGAUCACGAAGGAAGUGCUGUGUGCCUUAGAUGAAGGGAAUUUGAAAGAUCUGCUGGAUCCAACAGCUGGGGACUGGCCAUUCGUGCAAGCAAAACAGUUGGCUCACCUUGCAAUCAGUUGCUGUGAGACGAACAGUAGGCGCCGGCCUGAUCUUGUUUCAGAAGUCUGGAGGAUUCUUAAACCGAUGGGGGGUUCCUUUUUCCAGUUGGGUUCCAAAGAGCUCUGCCAGGUUCCAUCCUAUUUCACGUGUCCCAUCUUUCAGGAAAUCAUGCAAGAUCCUGUGGUUGCUGCUGAUGGGUUCACUUACGAGGCUGAGGCUAUCAAGGGCUGGCUAGAGACUGGUCACGAUACAUCGCCCAUGACCAAUCUCAAGCUUCCACACUGCAACUGGGUGCCUAACCAUGCUCUUCGAUCUACAAUACAGGAGUGGCUGCAACAGCCUUAA